AUGACGGUGAUGCUCCUGCAGCACUCUGCCCUCCGACACUACAAGCUGCCCUCUCCUCCGCCGCCACGAAUGACGAAGCCCGCCCCGGACGCCUCCAUAUACUGUAGCGACUACCAGACGAGGAACAAUAACAACAACGGUAACAAGCAGAAACGAACGCACCACAAGCUGUCGCUGCACCCGCAACAGCAGCAGGGCUGCAAGACGACUGCGAUGCGCUACUACCGUCUAUGGAUCUACACGUGCAAUGCCGUGCUGUUGGUGAGCGUGCUAGGAUUCGCCAUCGUGGCGGGCAGAAUCGUGGUGGCCGACCCCCGGCGGUACCUCGUGCCGGGCCUGUCCCUGUACCAGCCCAGCUUCCUCUACGCCUACCUGGCCCUGGCGACGCAGAGCGGCCUCCUGCAGCUGGUCGGCUGUUUGGGCGCGCUACGCCUCAACGAGCGGCUCCUCAACGUGUACUGGCUGCUCCUACUGGUGCUCCUCUUCGGCGACGCCAUCGUCGGCGUCGUGUGGGUAUUUCGUUUCGACAAGAUCUGCGCCGACUUGCGCCCCACGCUGAAGCAGCGGCUGGCGGCGGAGUACGGCGUCGACCGCGACUUCACGGCGCUGUGGGACGCGCUCCAGAGGGACUACCGCUGCUGCGGCGUCGACGGCGCCCAAGACUACGCGGCGGUGGCCAACCGCAGCGCAGGGGCCACCGUCUCGGCGUCGGCGGGGUCUACGGCGCCGACGGCAGCUGCUACUGCCAACCCGCACUACCACACCACCGGUUGCGAGGCGCGCCUACUCCUCUGGCUGCGCCAGAGCGCGGACAUCCUGUUCGUCCUCGGGUACUGUGUCAUCGCCUUCCUCAAGCUGUGCUUCCUCGGCAUCCUGCGGUACGAGAUCCGCGAGAUGAUCCAGAAGAUCAAGAUCCUGCAGGGCGAGAUGCGGCCGCCGCCUCUGCUGCUGACGGAGCUGGGCGGCGGCGCGGCGGGCGCCACGCCGCCCCACCUGCAGCCGCUGCUCAUGAACCACACGCGCGCCGCUUCCGCCGCCAACAACGGCGACCUCAUGGGCGGCGCCGGGGGUGUGGGCGGCGGCGGCGGUGGAGGCGCGGGAGGCGGCGUCCGGCAGCCUCCGGACAGCCUGCAGGCGACGCCGCUGCACGCCGCCGCUCUCUCCCACCGGCACCUCAGCAUGCUCAAUAACGACGGCACCGACUCCGACACCAACAGCAACUGCGCCCUCAUCAUCUCGGAGGACGUCGGCGCGGGCAAACCCGUCGGCAGCGGUCCUCGGCGCGGCUGCGGCUCCAACGGCAACAACAACUACGAGAUCCACGAGCUGCAGGAGCUGAACAGGCUGCUCUCCAGGCACCAGACACAGAUCUGACUAAGGUCGUUGCUGCUGUGGUGCUUCCCUCUGCGGGGAAGGCACUUCUAAGUUCGGCGCCGAAGCUCCUACACCGCAGCCCCUCCCCUCGCUUGACAGCUUUGCUUCUA